AGGGAGUUUCUCAGUCCUCACACGGGAAUUCUCCACCACAACGUCUGAGUCUAGAAGCUGCCGAUGGAAACAGAAACAUAGAAAAUGUGAUUCUUGCGCAGAAAGUUGGAACCGAGAAGAGUUCAGACGUGGGCGGGUGUGUGUUUAAAAAAAGGGGGAGGGUGGAAACCCCACCAGCCAAGUCUGCAGAAAAAACUACAUGAAGUCUGCCUAUCUCGGGCCGGAGCCCCUCCCCUCAGGCCGCGCCGCAGGACCGCGACACAGGUGCCGCUCCCUCCCCGCCCGUAGAGGGCCCCGAGCAGGCCCAGCGCCGCCCCGCUGUCCCCAGCGCUCCGGCCGGCCGGCGCCCUGCACCCGCUGGAGAUGAGCAGCCUCAACAGCACGUCGUCGCCCGAACACGAAAUAGUCGAGCCUGAGAUUUUCAUGACGUUGGGUGCGAACAUCGCCAUCAUUGCAGGUGUGAUCGCCGCAAUAGCCAUCAUCCUGAUCUGCCUCCUUGUCAUCACUCUACGCUACAUGUAUGGGUACAAGGGCACAUACCACACCAAUGAGGCCAAAGGCACGGAGUUUGCCGAAAGCGCGGAUGCUGCCCUGCAGGAUGACCUCUCCCUCCAGGACACAGGUGGGGACAGCAGCAGAAAGGAGUACUUUAUCUGAGGGGUACCGAGUCUCCUCUCCCCUUAUGCCUCCUUCAACUCCACGAGGAAAGAGGCGCCCCACAGCCCCACCCUGCUACCUGGACCACCAGGCAGACCAUGAGAGCACCCAUCUCAUCCCAAGAUAUGCACCUGACCUGAGAAUUCUAGGUGCCAGCCUGGGGAGAGAAAAGAAAGGAGGAACUGAGCCAGGAGAGGCCUGUCCCAGGCACCCAGAGAUGCAGUGAUCACCCAGGAGGGAGAAAAUCUGGGUCCUUCUGGGCAGAGCAGUUUGUCAUCAGCAUGGUGUGAAAGUCCUUGUUGGGUGGGUGGGCCUGAGGGCUGGGGAAGCAAGGAAGUGAGUCAUCUGUAAACUGACUGGGGAUAAUGGCAUCAAAUGUCAGUCCUUGACAUUUAGGGGGAAUAACAGGUGCCAGAGCUAAAAGGCACCUUUGUCUCCCAUUGAUCCAUCUCUAAAUGAUUGGAAAUAAAUUUGAAAUGUAACCAAGCA